CACGACGCACACUAAGCGAGAAGCAAUUCGAAACCCGAGCAAACCCUCGACGUCCGCCCGCGAUCCCUCUCGACCUUCGUUCGCCCCCCUUCGCCAAAUCCCAGUAUCCGACACCCUUAACGUGAUACCUAGCCAAGAUGUCUAAGAGAGGUCGUGGUGGAAAUGCCGGCAACAAGCUGAAGAUGACGCUCGGUCUGCCUUGCGGCGCCGUGCUCAACUGCUGCGACAACUCCGGUGCCCGUAACCUGUACAUCAUCUCGGUGAAGGGUAUCGGUGCCCGUCUUAACCGUCUCCCCGCCGCGGGUGUCGGUGACAUGGUCAUGGCUACCGUCAAGAAGGGAAAGCCCGAGCUCCGGAAGAAGGUCAUGCCCGCCGUUGUUGUCCGUCAGAGCAAGCCCUGGAGACGUCCCGACGGUAUCUACCUCUACUUCGAGGACAACGCUGGUGUUAUCGUCAACGCCAAGGGUGAAAUGAAGGGUUCCGCCAUCACUGGCCCCGUUGGAAAGGAGGCUGCUGAGCUGUGGCCUCGUAUCGCUUCCAACUCCGGUGUCGUUAUGUAAACAAGAGGAAAAUGAAAAUGCCGUCUAGGGAGAACCUUUUUUUUGUUGUUUAAAAAAAUGAAAAUUUUAGAACGAUACCAGCUGCUGCUCUGGGGAAUGAAACGAAUCCGAACUUAAAUCCCUUCAAACCUAUCUUUCAUACCUGACUAUUAUCGAUGAGGAAUGAAACGAACCCAAACUUCCGCUUCCAUACCUUGUCCAUAUGAUGGGUGCUUGUGGAUGUGUUGACGUCGCAGGGUACGAUUGUAGACUACCUUUUUAGAUCUUACACCCUGUAUGUUAGAUCGAUAUCCAUUGGUGUCGAAUGAGUGGUGUGUGAGUUGGUUGGUGUAACUGUCUGUACAUGUUACGAUGGUGUCUUGAUGAUGGUUCCUAACA